UAUUACUGUCAGUGCUGUAGUAGAAACCGACGUUUUAUGUCGGGGAUAUAAUACUGUAAUACGGUACAUUGGAUCAAUAACAUGAGCAGGAGAAAACCUGCGUUACGAAUUGGAGGAGGUGUUCUGAACAGGAGCACACUUUAUCAAAAAAAUGUACCUGAAAAUGAAGGACUCGGUUUGCGUGGUUCUCAUGGUGACAAUGAUGAAAAGAAGAUUGACUCACCAUCUCUUGUACAAAAUAAUUUAACACAGGCAAUCCAUAAUCUUGAUUCUAAAGUUGCGGAUUUUUUGAAGGAAAUUGAUGAGCUUGAAGCAGGUGACACAAAAGAACAAGAUACACAAGCAGUGCAGUCGCAGCAAAUUUCCUAUGGAAGCUGGCAACAAUGCAUUGAUGAGAACACUCAACACCCAUACUACUGGAAUACUGAAACAAAUGAAGUUACAUGGGUAUUACCAGAAGAAAUCUCAAAACAAUUAGAAGCUGUUUCUCAGGUAUCUCAAGCACACGUUGAAACUGAUACGACAGCAGUGAAAGACAUCAAUAUAAAUGAAGAAUCUGAAGAGCAUAACAAGAAUGAUCAAGAAACAACCGAUGUGAAAAAUCAAGCUAAACUUGAAUCAUCGACUGAUGUACAGAAUGAAACUCAAAAUGAAGAUUCAUUUGAUAUUGAUGUUGAUGCAGAAUUGGAACAAGCUCUUGAAAGUGUUUCAGAUCCGAUUGUGCAACCUACGGAGCUCGAUAUUGAGAUAGAAAUAUUGAGAAGACGAUUGCUCCCAUUAUCUGAUCAAGAGGAACAAGAUCUUAUGACAAGGUUUGAAUCGGAAAUUUUGAAAUUAGAAGAAGCAGAAGAAGAAAAAAGGAAGAAGGGUAUAUGGAAGAAUUAUGACAAACAGGUUUUGGAAAGAAAAAAUGAAAUCAAUCUUGAUAAAACAAAAUGGAGGACGGAAAGAUUACCUGUAUUACAAAAAAUGGGUUUAACACCCGAAAAAGAAGAGCAAAGUGAAAUUUUCAGUGAUGAAGAGGAAGAUUUUGAGCAAAAUCAUGUUGAUGACGAUACAAUCACACAUAUCAAAGACAUUGAUCCUUCUCAUAAUAAGUUGAAUGAAUCAAAAUUAUCCAAAAUAUUGGACGUAGAACCACAAGAAACAACAAAUACUGAUUCUUCAACACUAAACAAUGCUAUUCCUGAAGAUGCCAGUAAAACUGAGGAUGAUAUUUCAACAUUAUCUAGAACCAUAUUCGACAAACUCAAUUUUCUUGGAAUUUCAGCAAAAGCUUUCACUAACUUUCAUCGUCUUCUGAUUGAAUUAGAGACAAGAAUUACAGAUUGGAAAGAAGAUGUUCUGCCAGCAUCAUAUUUGUUAAAAAAGCUACAAAUCGCAACACAACAAUUGAAAACAUAUGAAGAAACAGCAACGCCUGAUGGGUGGUCUUGUCAAUGGGACAGAUCUGCAAAAAGAUAUUUUUAUGUGAAUAACAAGACCAAAGAAGCUCAAUGGCAUUAUCCAGAAAGCAAAAAAGAAGAUGAAUCAAUAGAAAGUAGUGAUAUUGCUUCGAAAAAAGAAGAUUCAAACAAGAACAAGCGUAGUGCUACGCCUGUGACAUCUGAAAUUAGCAUCCGGACAAAGAAAAGUAAAACUGAAAAAGAAGAUGAUAUUUCUGCGAAAAAUACAUCAGAUGUUCCCAAACGAAUGCCUACUUCAUCUACUCAAUCCCUAUACCAGGGAUAUACACAGAACUAUAGUUCAUACCCCUCACCAUUUUCAAUGGAAGGUCCUCAACCUCCACCCCCUCCAGGAGAGGAGUCUGUUCCUUUUGAAAUUCCUCCUCCGUUGCCGAGUGCCCCUGCAGAAAAGCCUCCUCUCCCGCCUCCACCUCCUGAUGAAGAUGUCGAGGGAGAUGUUGAAGAUUUUGAAAAUGAUGACGGAAUUAUGAUGGAAAUGAGUGAUGAAGAAGAUAAUGUUAAAAAAGCGGCGGAAGCAGAUACAACAUCGGCAAUCAUGUCACAACCUGUUUUAUACAAGCCUCAAGUUCAAUCUCAUUUUCAAGCUCCCAGUAUAACUGGGUAUGCUAUGUAUAUGACACAGAAUUCUGAUCUAUCGUAUGUACAACGAUCAUCUUCACCUUUAUCUCAAGUAGAAGGAUCAUCGUCGCCUCAAGCUGUUCCUCAAUCUUCUAGUCUGAUGAAGGCCUCUGUAAGCAAUACCAAAUCCAAAAAAGUUAAAAAGGUGAAAAAAUCAGCAGUAGUGAAAAAACCUGCAAAAGGUAUUAGUUCUCUCGUUGCUCAGUGGCAAAAAGCAAAACAUCAAAUUGAAGAAGAAGAUAGAAUGCUAGAAAAAGAUGAUGAGGAUGAAAUUGAUCAUAAGGAAUUGAGCAAAAAGCAAAUUGAAAAAUGGAAACAGGAACAGAUAUUGAGUGGAAAAGCUUCAAGCAAUGCCAAUUUCGAGCCUGUGCCUGAAGAUUGGAGAAACAGGAUUUUAAAGAAAAAGGGAAAGGGUUAAGACUAACUCUUCAACAGCAACAUUCCGAGGGCAGUUAUCGUGCUGCGCAUCGUUGAUGAUAUGUGGAGAGACGAAUAUUUUUCUACCAUGCUAAGCAGAUUAAAUUUUUUCUAAAACUUGCAAUUUUUGUCACGCAACAACUUUUUGAAAUGCUUUGAAAUAUCCAAUACAAUCGUAUUCUUCUGGA